GCGAGCCGGAGCCAUGUGGGACAAGGAGUAUCCUGGCAAGGAGCACCAAAAAGUGUGAAGGUUCAAAAACGUGAGGAGGAACUUGAGGCCAAAUAACCCAGAUUCCAAAUUCGGGAUCUGAGAAUGCAGUCACUGCAAAGCAUCUUCAGGAAAUGCAGAAGAUCAAAAGGGAUGUUAUCCGAGCUGGUCCCCCGGGUAGGCUUCUCUUCCUCAAGUCGCUCUUGCAACAGGAAGAAGAAGAAAGGGAGCCCUUACGAAGAAGUGGACCAAGAGAAGUAUUCCAACUUAAUUAAUUCGGUUAUCUCUGCUAAAGUAAGAUCCAGAACGCCAGAAACACUAUUCCAAGAAGACCAUUUGCUCUAUGGACCCGUGAGCAGGCGUAAGCCCCCAGAGCAGGACUCGGAACCAAGGGUGCCGCGCAACUGGAUCCCUCUUGUUGAUCCUGAAAGGGAAGCUUCGCCCAUCCCGCUUCAGGACUCCUCGCUACCUUUGAAAAUUCCCUUACAGAAGAGUAAGAUUCCCAGCGUGACCCGGGUCCUGCAGCAGACCAUGCCGCCAGAACAAGCCUUCUACUUGGAGAGGUGGAAGCGGAGAAUGAUCCUGGAACUGGGAGAAGAUGGCUUUGCGGAAUACACUAAAAAUGUAUUUUUGCAAGGAAAGCUCUUCCACACAGCCAUUGAAGCGGUACUUUCAUCCGGGUCCGCGCAGGAGGAGGACGACAAGGAUGCCGUUGAUUCUGGCUACUUAAGAAGCGUGCGGCCCAUCCUGGCGGACGUCACUGGAGUCAGAGCCCUGGAAAGCGCAGUUCAGCAUGAGAUCCUGAAGUACCAGGGGCUGGUGGACUGCGUAGCUGAGUAUCGAGGCAAGCUGUGUGUGAUUGAUUGGAAGACUUCAGAGAAACCAAAGCCAUCUAUCCAGAACACGUUUGACAACCCGUUGCAAGUUGCAGCCUAUGUUGGAGCCAUAAAUCAUGAUGCCAACUACAGUUUUCAGGUUCACUGUGGCUUAAUUGUGGUGGCCUACAAAGAUGGGUCUCCAGCCCACUCACACUUCCUGCACUCUGAGAUCUGCUCCCAGUACUGGUCCAGGUGGCUGCUUCGCCUAGAAGACUUCAAAGAGAAGGAAAAGAACCAGAGUAUUCAGCAACCAGAUUAGGGUUCAGGGCGGCAUUCUCCAGCUUAAGAGUUUGGAGAGAAGGCCAUAAGCAUCUCACUUGGGGAUUGUGAAUUGCUUUCUUUCCAGAAGAGCAAUGGUUACGGAUAGCGCAGGACGAGAGGGUGAGUUUUAAUGUGUGGAAUUUCGUGCCCUUCCCACAGAGAUUGAUUUGAA